AUGCCCGGCGCCGCCGCUGCGCCCGGCUCCUACCGACGACGACCUACACCUAUACGUAUACCUGUCGAGUCGUACAUCACGAGACAUAUCACCGAGAGACGUCAACAAAUCUUAGUAAAAAGGCACGGCACUGAUUUUUCGGACUUAAAACCUUAUACUGUAAUUGCAAAAUAUAUUUAUACGAUUGUAAGUUUGGGUUACUACAAAGAGAUGCGGCGAGCGGCGCGCGGGCUAUGCGACACAUUCCGCGCGCGAGGAGCGGGAAGCGAAGGAGCGGACGUCGCGCGCCGCGCGCUCCUAAUCGCCGCCGCUGCAUACUGUGCUCAU